AUGUCGUUGUUCACGAGUCCCGUGGCGGCGAGUCCGGCGAUGCACGAGGUGAUGAGGCGGUACCACAGCCGGCACAAAGCCCCGGGGCAGUGCGGCUCAGCGAACGUGCAGUAUUUCGCGGCGCCCCUGCUCGUCGUCUGGUCGUUACUGCGGCGGUUCGACCGCCCGCAGGACCACAAGCGGUUCCAUAAGGGAUGCAGGCUGCGCGCCGGGGACGGCAGGGUGGGGAGCGUGAGGGAGGUGACGCUGGUGUCCGGGCUGCCGGCGGGGACCAGCACGGAGUGGCACGUGAUCAGCUUCUCCGUCCUGGGCGGCGACCACCGGCUGAGCAAUUACCAGUCGACCACGUCGCUCCACGAGGGCGGCGAAGGGGAGGGGACCGUGGUGGUGGAGUCGUACGUGGUGGACGUGCCUCCAGGGAACACGGAGGAGGACACCUGCGUCUUCGUCGACACCAUCAUCCGGUGCAACCUCAUCUCGCUGGCGAGCGUUGCGGAGCGGAUGGCAGUUUAUGAACUACCAUAA